GUUUUGUCCAACAUAAAGAUUUGCCUUCUGGCGCCCGCGUUUCCGUCUGGGCUACGCUACUGCGCACGCGCAUGGGUAGCCCUCAGUCUCGAACUGCGACGCAGCCGCCAGGGGGCGCCAGCAGAUAGUGGCCGCUAUUCCAGGUUCCCAGAGGCCUAGAUGGAGACGUAGAGCGAGCGCAAGCUCCAUGCGCAUGCGCGCAUUGCGUCCUCCCAGCCAGCAUGGCGCCGGUGGAGCACGUUGUGGCGGACGCCGGGGCUUUCCUGCGGGACGCGGCUCUGCAGGACAUCGGGAAGAACAUCUACACCGUCCGGGAGGUGGUCAGCGAGAUUCGGGACCGGGCCACGCGCCGGCGCCUGGCCGUGCUGCCCUACGCGCUGCGCUUCCGGGAGCCGCUGGCGGAGUACGUGCGGCUGGGUGAGUGCCGGGACGCGGCCGACGGCGCGCAAGGAACCCAGUGGUACAGCGUUCCCCUGCCCGCUUCCCGAAGGCCCUGGAUGCGAUUCCCGCACUGCCCCCGCCCCCAAAUCCAAGAACCCAGACCUGUGACUUUUCCUCGAUUCCUUAGGGUGAUGGUU